CUUCCCGGGCCCCUCACACCUCUCCCAGCAUACUCUUCCCCAGCCUCAUCACCUCAUCCACUUCCUCCAAAUCACAGACCUGCUAAGCUUCCAGCAUCAGGCGAGCAAAGCAGGGAGGCUGUAAUGCAUCAGUCCGCAGUCCCUUCACAAACACUAUCUGCUCCUGCGGAGAAACUCAAGUCACAGCCCCAGAAGUGGAAAGAACAGGCCUUGGCUCUCACCCAGUUAACAAGCGUUUAUUCAGCGCACGUGUUGCGGUCGGACCCCACGCGAAGGAGCUAAGGAUACAAAGGUGAGCAGCAGAGACGCGGUUCCAGCUCUCUCCCGGCUCCCACUCCAGCGGGAUAGGUAGAUAAUUUCGGUAAAUUUCGCCAAGCAGGGGCAGGACAAAGAGUAUCUGAAGUCUACCGCGGGGAGAACUUACCUAAUCCUUGAAUGUUAAAAGGCUAAAAACUCCACUAGUCGGAAGUGACGUGCCAGCUUAGCCCCGCAGGUCCGCCACGUAAUUGGCCGCCGCCACAGCUAGCCACCCUCUCCCCGGACUGGCCCGAAGAGAGGAAAAGUGUGGAAGUCCACAAGCCGCCCUCGCCCCGCCCUCUUCGUCGACUUUCAGCUGCACCGGGAGGUGGUGGCGCCUGGCCAGAGCCGGGGCCUUGAGCCUGGACGAGACAGCCUCGCCGGCCGGGGCGCCAGUCCACCGCCCUGCGGGCAAUGGGCUUCAGCGCUCGAGCACGCGCAUGCGCGGGCCUCUCUCCAGAGGAUUCUUCGGGUCACCUGGACGCCAGCAUCUCAGCCACCUGCCCCUCUGGGUCCCUCCUUGCCCUUGAUUCCUCCUGCUGGUUCUCAUCGCCAGCCCUCCUCCUCCUCCUCCUUCCGCAGGCACCGCUAGACCCGGCCGCGGCCGCCCGCCGACAACCCAGCUUCCACUGACACGAGCCUCGGCGCGGCUUCCGCUUCCGGCGAGUAUUGUGUGUCGCGCCGCGGGGCGGGGGCGAGGGGAGGAGGAAGGAGGGAGGCAGCGCUCCGGCGGCUCCGCGCCCCGCACUCCCGGACCCGAAGCCGGGAAGCCACGACGUUUCCUCUUUCCCCUCUCCAAUCCCCCUGCCCCAGAUCUGGCGGAAGAAGAUGGAAACGGGGGUGGGACAGAGUUGUGGACAACCUCUCAGGAGAGGGUCGCAAGAAACGUAUGUCAAACGAGGAUACAGUGGUCUGGAACUAUUGGUUCUAAGAUACAAGUGGAAUGAGCCUGGAUCAGGAGAAGUAUGCUAAGCUAGAAUUGAAGGAAGCUUCUCUUUCUAACAAGAGAAAGCAGAGGUAAAUUAUGGCAGAGACAAGUCUCUUAGAGGCUGGGGCCUCUGCAGCCUCUACAGCUGCGGCUUUGGAGAACUUACAGGUGGAGGCGAGCUGCUCUGUGUGCCUGGAGUAUCUGAAGGAACCUGUCAUCAUUGAGUGUGGGCACAACUUCUGCAAAGCUUGCAUCACCCGUUGGUGGGAGGACCUAGAGAGGGAUUUCCCUUGUCCUGUCUGUCGAAAGACAUCGCGCUACCGCAGUCUCCGACCUAAUCGGCAACUAGGCAGUAUGGUGGAAAUUGCCAAGCAGCUCCAGGCCGUCAAGCGGAAGAUCCGGGAUGAGAGCCUUUGCCCCCAACACCAUGAGGCCCUCAGCCUUUUCUGUUAUGAGGACCAGGAGGCUGUAUGCUUGAUAUGUGCAAUUUCCCACACCCACCGGGCCCACACCGUUGUGCCACUGGACGACGCUACACAGGAAUACAAGGAAAAACUGCAGAAGUGUCUGGAGCCCCUGGAACAGAAGCUGCAGGAGAUCACUCGCUGCAAGUCCUCUGAGGAGAAGAAGCCUGGUGAGCUCAAGAGACUAGUGGAAAGUCGCCGACAGCAGAUCUUAAGGGAGUUUGAAGAGCUUCAUAGGCGGCUGGAUGAAGAGCAGCAGGUGUUGCUUUCACGACUGGAAGAAGAGGAACAGGACAUUCUGCAGCGACUCCGAGAAAAUGCUGCUCACCUUGGGGACAAGCGCCGGGACCUGGCCCACUUGGCUGCCGAGGUGGAGGGCAAGUGCUUACAGUCGGGCUUCGAGAUGCUUAAGGAUGUCAAAAGUACCCUGGAAAAAUGUGAAAAGGUGAAGACCAUGGAGGUGACUUCAGUAUCCAUAGAGCUGGAAAAGAACUUCAGCAAUUUCCCCCGACAGUACUUUGCCCUAAGGAAAAUCCUUAAACAGCUAAUUGCGGAUGUGACCCUGGACCCUGAGACAGCUCAUCCUAACCUAGUCCUGUCAGAAGAUCGUAAGAGCGUCAAGUUUGUGGAGACAAGACUCCGGGAUCUCCCUGACACACCAAGGCGUUUCACCUUCUACCCUUGCGUCCUGGCUACUGAGGGUUUCACCUCAGGUCGACACUACUGGGAGGUGGAGGUGGGCGACAAGACCCACUGGGCAGUGGGUGUAUGCCGGGACUCCGUGAGCCGAAAGGGCGAGUUGACUCCACUCCCUGAGACUGGCUACUGGCGGGUGCGGCUAUGGAAUGGGGACAAAUAUGCGGCCACCACCACACCUUUUACCCCUUUGCACAUCAAGGUGAAACCCAAGCGGGUAGGCAUAUUCCUAGACUAUGAGGCCGGCACACUGUCUUUCUACAAUGUCACAGACCGCUCUCAUAUCUACACCUUCACUGAUACUUUUACUGAGAAACUUUGGCCCCUCUUCUACCCAGGCAUCCGGGCUGGACGGAAGAAUGCUGCACCACUUACUAUCAGGCCCCCAACAGAUUGGGAGUGACAGGUUGGGAUGUGGGAAUGACUGGGGUGAGGCAGGGUCAAGUGCUACGGGCCUCCUUCCUGUGUCCUGCUGGAACGUCUUCGUGUCCACCUGGUUCCAGUCCUGAAUCAUCUUGGAGAAACACCUCGGUUUCUAGGAUGGUUUUGUGUGGAGGGGGAGGUAGGACUGGGCUGGAUGAGAGAGCACAGCUGUGACUUCCUCCUAACUGUCAGGGUGGGGAGCUGGUUCCCAGAGGAUUGUCUACCCUGAAGUCCAUCAGGUUUUCUGUUGCACAAGGACGGGUUGGGAAGGAAGGAGAGGCUUUUCCAGAAACAAAAAAUCCGUGAGGGUCUGACUUGCUCAAACCAGAGGAGGAAACAGAAACCCCUGCACAUCUUUUUAGGGGGUUAUUUGACCCAGGAUAGUCUUGCUUCUUGAGGUAGAUCACAGGGGUCUGUGUACCUCUGAAUUCAAGAGAGAUGAAUGACAGAUGCUCUCAUGGGUCUAGAUAUUGAGGAGUUUUUCUGAGGGCAGAGAUUGGACAUCAACAAGGCUAGAAGGGUCAGGGAAGUGGGCUAAAGGAACAGAUUCCUAGAGAUUAAUGAAGGGGAGGGAGGUUUCUUUGGUCUUCUAUUCCAAGGGUAAGGUUGCCAUUAUGGGUAGGAUUGGCCAGAGGUAGGAAUGUGGGGAGAAGGAGAGGCUGAAAAGAAAGCAGAGGAGAACCCAGGUCCCUGCCUCAGCCUUCAGCAGAGUUGGCUUAUUGCCUGCCUCUUUAUACCAAUAAGUCAGUCACCUUGCUCCUCUCCAGAGGCAAAGUGGAAGAGAUCCUACAAGACACAUCUAUCCUUUCACGGUGUUCCCAAGGGAACUUGGAAAGGAGAGUCAGGUAUUAGAGGAAGGAGAAGGAUAUUUGUAUCCAAAGCCCUGGCCUUAAAGAAUGUUACUAAGUGGCUGCUCCCAAAUUGUCAGCCUUCUUACCUGGCCAAGGUGUCCAAGCCAGAAAGGAAGAAAGUUAUGGAGUCUUUCUCACCCUAAGGACAGGGUGGAAGAGGGUGGUAUAUAGGGAAGGGCCAGAUAGGCAACUUCAUUUGAUCUGUGUGCGUCUGGCCUGGAACUGGUGUUAAGCCAGGCUUUUGCUUGUUUGUUGCCAUCCCUCACCCUUUGCCAUUUCCCUUUUCAGAGAAUGUAAAUGAUUUUCAUGUUAGGCCAAAAUAAACAACUUAUAGGGUACAUAUGUUGUCAUAAAAGGUAAAAGUGAUGCAUGCCAAACCAAACUAAACCAAUUUGGAUUAUCUGCUGUUCAGGUAAUCUUCACAGAAAUGACUGAGAGAAGAAUCUGCAGUUUACUGAGGACAUUUCAGUUCCUCCUACCACCUCAACAGGACUUUGUCCAGACUCUCCUCCUCUUACCUUUGUGCCUUGACUGUGGUUCUUUGUGGCAAGAUACUUUGGUUGGUUAAAAUAAUAUGGAACAAAGGAUCCACUGAAGUGA